AUGGCAACUUUCAACUCCAUGCCGGCGCUGCAGUCUGGCGCCAGCCCGGGAGACGCCAUGGGAUUGAAUAACAUGUCUAGCUCUGGUUUAAAUAUUGAUCCUUUCGAACCCGAUCUCAACUUUGACGAAUCUAUGCUAGAUAACGUCAAUGGCAAUUUACCUCCUUUACCUUUUACCCCCUCCUACGACUUCGAAACCUUUUCUACGACCUUCGAAGACCCCUUUAACUACUCCAAACCCUACGAGGCUGCGCCGCACGCGGAGGACUUCCACGAUGAAGGAUCGUCCCCGCAACAACCGGACGACAAGCUACUCAGCUUUUCGACGACAGCUGCGAAAGCUACCCCCUUAGAUGAUUCAUUAGGCGCAUAUUCUGAGGUCAACAUGACGGCCGAGCUAUAUGGUAUGUUCUUCGUCGCCGAAGAUGUGUUUGGCGGUGAAUCUAGCGGGCGACCUUUAGAGCUCACGUGUUACCGGCGGAAUCUCUGGCAAUGUUCUGGGCAAAUAACUAUGCCGCGACAUUGCACACAGGUUAUGAACGAGCAAGGUCGUGCUAUACCAAUAAUAGAAUUCUUCGCCUCGAUAUCAGCGAAAGAAAGCAUCGAAGGUAAAUCUACCGAGAUCAUAUCAAUCCCGUGGAAGAGUAGCAAUCCAGCUCUCGGCGAAGGGCAGGAAACCAAAGUAGCUAGCGCCCCACCAAAGAUCGCACUCGACCUAAGCGGCGGCCAAGAAGUUGAUGGUCAUCGAGUCAGCAUACCAGUAUCAUGGAAGCGGUUGCAAUUUAAGAGCGCAACAGCGAAUAAUGGCCGACGGAAAGGACUACAACAGCACUACGUGGUACAAAUUAGCUUACUAGGGAAGAUGAAGACCGGCGGCGAGUUUAUGAAAAUCGCCGAAAUCCAAAGCGGACCGGUGAUCGUACGUGGACGAAGCCCGCGGAACUUUGAUAGUAGAAAAGAUGUCCCUCUUACGGGCGACAAGAAAGCUCCAGGUAGUGUAGAACGAGCGCGAACUCACAGCGAUGCCAGCACGACGUCGAAUUUAAAGGUGGAGCGGUCCGAUUCCACACAUAACUUACAUCAAUAUUCCUCACCAUCUCUAAGCAACACGGCGGCUCCCGGGUCGACCUGGCCGACAGCUCCGACUCCGGGGUAUGGCCCACAAGCAAACUCCCAAGCACAUCCGGCCAAGAAAAUGGCGCUAUCCCCUAACAUGAACCGACCUCCCGUUCCAGCUUGGGGCAAAGAAGCCUCAAACAAUAAAGCACAAGCAUUGAGCAACCAUACGAAGAACAAUAAUAAUUCGUCCGCUCCAUCCGUACCCAUUAACUUAUCACUAUCCGAAGACGAGCGGAGCCCUAAUAACCGCUCUAAUUCGGAUUCCCUUACUAGCCCAAAACUACAUCGGACGUCUACAAGUCACGGCGCAGGUGGUAGUCCGAUGGAGGAAGAGGAGGAAUUGUAUGAAUAUUUCCCGCUUAGUGUGGAUGAUUGGACACCUCUCGUAGACACAGUCUAUCGGCCGCACAUCGUCCAUCACAUCGCGGUACCACAAGAGAUCAAGGCGCAACAGAUCAGGAAUAAGUCGAAGAGAUAUUUCUCUGCGGAAUAAGUAUGAUCUACGCAGACUAUAUUCCUAGUUUCUUUACUCGGCAUAUUAUCGUAUAUACUAUAUACACAUGUAUGGAUUGGAUCACACAAAAAUAUUUUUAUAUAUCUAGCGAGGUGGGCUCGGUAUGAACGAGCAAGCGAGUGCGGGAAUACAAAAAAAAGAUAAAAAGAGACGGCAUUUCUUAAUCAGGAUAUUUACCAAGCGAGCAAGCAAACAAGCGAAACACGCUGAACGGACGGACGGACAACGGACGAACGAGCGAACGAACGGCAUCAUGAUUACACAUUCAGGCGUUUUUUUGCUGUCCUUGUUUUUUUUGAGGGGGUAAUUCCCCGUCUGUACUAUGAAUCGUACCCUAUACUCUUGUUCAUUAUUGCUUUUUUGUUUUGAAGUACCUAGCUUCAUAUCAAUACCUCUUGUGUAUGUAGUAUAGCGGGGAAAAUCGCCGGAACCAUCGUUGUUAUUUUUUAGUUUAGCUCUCUCCCUCCCUUCUUUGUUUGAUUCUCUAGCGGGAUACCGAACCAAGCGAGCAUCUACAUAAUAGGAUUUUUGGGUACAUUCAACAAAUAUACCCCUGAUAAUUAAUCAGCCAUCUCACUCAUCUAACUUUUCUUGUUUGCAUUUCUUGAACCAUAUACUCUAAUCAAGUUC